AUGGGAACUCGGGGUUUAUGGAAUGUCCAUGUCGAUGGGAAGUGGUACCGCUUGUAUUACAAACCAACGGGGCGUAUAACUUCUCCAGACGCACAUUCUACUCUGCAAACCAUUAGAAAGAUUGUCUCGGAGACUGCCAUCGAGAACUGCGAAUCAAUACCAUUUCCCUCACCACUCCACAUCAACAUAGAUUAUGUAUACACCAUCGAUAAGGACCUAGGACUCUUGACGGUGACUCAAUGGACGGCCAUCAGCGGUGCACUUUACCGGUUGAUCCGACAGGCAAAGCUUGCUGCAAUUGAAGAUCCCUCAAUCAGCACGCUAGAUGGUAUUCUUGUUGAUAACGAAGAUAUCUCUAAGCAGCAUCGCACACAGUAUACUGAAGCGGGACUAACAAUAUCACCAACGCUCAAGAUAAACAUCGCAAAGCCCACUUCUUUGACCGAGCUCCAACUUCGUCUGUUACAGACUUCGUUUUUCUGUGGCGGUUUUAUUUUGAUGACCUACCGGCUUGGUCACAUGACGCGCUUCUUCGAAAGACCCUUGCCAUUGGCCUUCUGCGUAUUGCUGCGUGGGAUUUCGAAAUAA